UUUCUGUCUUUUGGAAUGUCUUGAAAGAUUCACUUUUGAGUGUAACACUAUUAAAGGGUAUCCCUUAAUUUAGAAAAGAUUCCACAAUGGCAGGUAAGGAAAUCGUCGACGCUGUUAUAUAAUGAAUUAUCGGCUCGGACUCCAUAGCAUUUUCGGCAUCAACUAUACCAGUGGACGAUACCUUCCUACCUCUAAACCGCGCAACAGUAGGGUUUGGUUUGCAAAGAGAAGUUGUAGAGCGAAAAUCGGGAUGGUGGAAGCUGAAAAAUCGAAGUUCUCAGAGGCAGUAGAGGUGGUAGAUGAUCCUCAGUCUCUUGAAGUUAAAAAGGCCGCGAUCCGUGAUGCUGGCCCUGGAAAGCUGCAGGUAAUUGUGGAUUUUGAUGCCACACUAACGAAGUACUGGGUCAAUGGUCGACGUGGCCAGAGCACUCAUAACCUAUUGCAACAGAGCAAUCCUGAGUAUGAUGUCAAGAGGCAGCAGUUGUAUGAAUACUAUCAUCCAUUAGAAUUUUCCCCGACAAUUCCCAUUGAAGAGAAGACAAUGCUUAUGGAAGAGUGGUGGGGAAAGAGCCAUGCUCUUCUUAUUGAGGGAGGCCUUACCUAUGGUGACAUAAAGAAGUCUGUAGCAAAUGCGACACUUGAAUUUAGAGAUGGUGUGGUUGAACUAUUUACUUAUUUGGAGGAGAGAGGUGUGCCCGUCCUUAUUUUUUCUGCAGGCCUUGCAGACAUUAUAGAAGAGGUCUUGAGCCAGAAGCUUCAUAAAUCUUUUAAGAAUGUCAAGAUUGUGUCUAAUCGGAUGAUAUUUGAUAAUGAUGGGCACCUUGUAUCUUUCAGAGGGAAAACUAUUCAUGUUUUGAAUAAAAAUGAGCAUGCUAUCGAUAUGGCUGCACCCAUGCAUGAUCAGUUGGGUGGUAUUGAUGGUCCUACUAAUGAUAAUUACUUAGUUAAGAAAAGGACCAAUGUGCUGCUUCUUGGUGAUCACCUUGGAGACUUGGGCAUGUCUGAUGGUUUGAACUAUGAGAACCGAAUUACUGUGGGAUUCCUGAACAACGACGUUGAGAACUCUCUGGAAAUCUACCAAAGAGCAUUUGAUGUUGUCUGUCUGAAUGAUGGACCAAUGUGGGGUGUAGUUAAGCUGGUUGCUGAAAUCUGUGCAACUGGAGAUCACUAAACUGACUAAACUAUUUUGCUACUCCUCACAACCUCUCUCAGUCCUAUGAACAUUCAUUUAUAUAUAUUUCCUACCCAGCUGCACCAUACAGGAACUCUAUGGUGCUUGAGUAUGACCGAGCAUCAAAUCAGGUGAUUCAGUCUGCUUAUCAUGAUAUCAGCUAAAGGAUUCGCGGAACCUCAAUGCAGUCCAAGGAUAUCUUUAGAAAAUGGUAUACUGGAACACUAUAGUCUAUUUUCUUCACCCGCCUACUGAUGUUUAUUCUUUUAGAGAGAGAGAGAGAGAGAUGUACUCAGAAUUUAUUAUCAUACAAGUUAAUGUCAUUUCCCUUGUACUUGGAGUUUUAUGGGCAGAUUCUUUUGUUAAUAAAGUAGGUUUUGAAGUUAUCACUUGUCAA